AUGGCUUUGCUCCAUCCCUUCACCAGCCUCUUCCUCCUCUUUGCUGUGCCCUUUUCCCGGGCUGCAAACAAGUCCCUGCUGCCCUCCAGCUCCCUGCCCGCCGUCCCCGCCCUGCCCCUCCUGCAGGCCCUGCAAGUGCAGGCACCAGGCAGCUGGGGCUGGCAAGCGGGGCCAGCAAGCGAGCAGCCCCUGCGCUACAUGCUGAACCUAUACCGGCGUGCUGCUGACCGCGAAGGACGACCCCGCCAUGGCCGCAGCUUGGGCACCAACACUGUCCGCCUGGUCCGGGCCAGUUCCCACGGGGGUCAGCCCUGGGCAGGUCGCUGGUAUGUGCAGCCCCUCACCUACCGCCUGGAGAGCCAGCCCAAGGCCGAGCACCUCCUCCGAGCCAUUGUGGUCUACUUGCCCAGCCUACCACUGGCCCGCAGUCGCCUCCUCUGCGCCCUGGAGCUGGUGGCCACCAGUGAAACUCCUGCGGUGCUGCUCAGCCCUGCUGCUCACUCCCGCCAUGGCUGGGCUGAAGCAGAUGUCACCCCUUACCUGGCACCCGGGAACAGCAGCACGGGGAGCCUGGUGCUGCGGCAUGUCUGUGUGCAUGCUGGUCGGGCAGGGGGUCAUGAUGCUCCAGUGGCCCCCAGCCCCCCGUUCCUCCUCCUCUACAUCAACGACACCCAGGCUGGACUGGCACCUCCAGCGUCAGAGCCCCACCGUCACCGGCGUGACACGGGGACGCUGGUCCAUGACCUGCCCAGCUACCUGCGGGAGCAAGGAGGGGAAAAGAGCGACUGUUCCCUGCGACCAUUCCCUGUCAGCUUUGCCCAGCUGGGCUGGGACCACUGGAUCAUUGCUCCUCACCGCUACAACCCACGCUACUGCAAGGGCAUCUGUCCCCGCCUGCUCCGCUACGACUACCACGCACCCAACCACGCCGUGGUGCAGAGCUUCGUCCAUCAACUGGUGGAUGCCAACGUGCCCCGGCCCUCUUGUGUCCCCUACCGCUACAGUCCCAUCAGCGUCCUCAUGAUCGAGCGUGAUGGCGGCAUCCUCUACAAGGAGUAUGAGAACAUGAUUGCAGAGUCCUGCACCUGCCGGUAA